CUGCUAAGAUGGAGGGCAGUGGCAGUGGGUGGGCUGUAGAUCUGGCCUCCCCUGGGCCGUGUGUGGCUGGCAUGGAGGGGAACACCAGCGGUCAGGUGUUUGAGGUGGCGCUGCAGAACGGCUCCUCGUCCAAACGCAGCCCUCAGUUUGUGGGGGUGGAGCUGCCGCAAUCCUUCAAGCUACUCAUCAUCCCCUGCUACGCCCUGGUGGUGCUGAUCGGGGUGUUCGGCAACUACCUGCUGCUCUACGUCAUCUGCCACACCCGCAAGAUGCACAAUGUCACCAACUUCUUCAUAGGAAACCUGGCCUUCUCCGACAUGCUGAUGUGUGCCACAUGCAUCCCCUUCACUUUGGCCUAUGCCUUCAACCCCCGUGGCUGGGUGUUUGGGAGGUUCAUGUGCUACCUGGUUUACCUCAUCCAGCCAGUGACUGUCUACGUGUCUGUUUUUACUCUCACUGCUAUUGGUGUUGACAGGUAUUAUGCCACAGUGCACCCUCUGAAGAAGCGGAUCUCAGUACUGGCGUGUACCUACCUCCUAUCUGGGAUCUGGCUGCUCUCCUGUGGGCUUGUGGCCCCGGCUGUAGCCCACACUUAUCAUGUGGAGUUCAAGAAUGAGGGCUUCACCAUCUGUGAGGAGUUCUGGAUGGGCAAAGAGAAAGAGAGGUUGGCCUACGCCUACAGCACACUCUUCAUGACCUACGUCCUUCCUCUGUCUGCCCUCUGCAUCUCUUACCUCUGCAUCUCUGUCAAGCUGCGUAACUGUGUGGUGCCUGGCCACCGCACCAAGAGCCAGGCCGAGGCCCAGCAAACCCGCAAGCGCAAGACCUUCCGUCUGGUCACCCUGGUAGUGGCGGCCUUCGGCGUGUGUUGGAUGCCCAUCAGUGUGUUCAACGUGCUGCGGGACAUUGACAUUGACCUGAUUGACAAGCGCUGCUUCCUGCUCAUCCAACUGCUGUGCCACCUGUGUGCCAUGAGCUCCUCCUGCUGUAACCCUUUCCUGUACGCCUGGCUGCAUGACCGCUUUCGCGCCGAACUGCGCAAGAUGUUCACCUGCCACCGCCGCAUCGGCAUCCCUGCCAACAACUGUGCCACAAACAGCGUGGUGCUGUGAACCACUUCAUCCCACGCUCCCACCUUUCACUGGAUGUGUUCAGAGAAUGUCCUGAGGUAUUUGGUCUUGAAACUAGAUUUUGUCAGGUUUUGCGCAAGUACUGCAUAAGAUAAGACUGUCAAAUGAUUACAUUAAUUCUACAAUUAAGCUUGAAGAAUAUUUUGUGAAUAGCACAUUGUUGUGUAUAUUAUGUAUAUUUCUACAUGAUUAAGUGGUUGUUCGGUGCAAUAAACUAUG